GGUCACAGUUAAUUUUUUAAACGUGCAGUUUACGAUAAGAGGCAGAAUGCAGCGGAUGUGUUUGAGUUAUCCUCAAAACCAUUCAUUGUUGAAAAGUAGCGUGGAUCAAAUUUUUAUCAAUGAGUGAUUGGUGCGAAUAUGGAAGUUGUGGACGUAUUAAUUCUGUUUUUGGUAUUGGUACUGAGAUCUGAGGCCAGCAAUAAUGUCACGAUAUCUAAAGAGGCAAUGGAACUGAGAUUUGGGGAGCCUGGGUUUUUACUCACCAUGCCGCAGAGACUGAUUUCUGGAAGAAAACAGUUGGUGUGCCUAACAAUUCAUGGUGCAUCACCACCAUCGAGAAUAAAAGUGGACAUUAAGUAUAAAGAUACUCAUUAUUCUACGGACAAGAUAAUAGAGCUAGAAUACAGCUGCUUCCAUGUUAGAGUGCCGACACACAACAAGCAGUCCCCUCAGUAUGUCAGUGUGAAAGUUCAGGUUCAGUUAGAUGGCAUUGUUUAUGGAUCCCACAAUCAGGACCCUGUCCUGGUUUAUCCCGAUAAAAUGCACACUUUCAUUGGACUAGAUCGCACCAUGUACAAACCGGGUGACCAGAUAAGGUUGAGAAUUCUUGUUUUGGACGACGAUCUACUUCCACCUGACCAGUACAAGAUACCGGAAGUGAGAAUCAGAAAUCCGUUGGAUAUUUCUGUAGCAGUUUGGGAAAAUAUCUCAACCACUGCAGGUCUGGUACAACUGGAACACUCGAUUUAUAAAGAUGCAAAAGCGGGCAAAUGGAGGGUAGAAGUAAACGGUGAAAUCAAACACUUUGAAGUGAGCAAAUACGUGCUACCAAGAUUCAACAUAAAUAUUUCCCACCCGAAAGUGAUAUAUUACUCCAGCAGAUAUUUGGAAUUGAAAGUUUGUUCCAAGUACAACUUCGAACAGGAAGUCAAGGGAAAAGCCUUCGUCAAAGUGACAGACACGGGUGGCAUUAUGAAACCUCUUUACGAAAUACACCAGAUGAUUAACGGAUGUGCCAAAUUCAAGCUGAAAAAUAGUCAGCUGAAUCUGAUGGAUAUAAAGAGGAAAUAUCCAAUGUACGAUCCGAAAAUACAGCUUUCAGUCACUGCGACCGUGAUUGAAUAUGGAACCGAUAAAAUAGUAUUGGACAAUGUGAAAAUACCAGUGGAUUUGAAGGAAUAUCACAUGAAGAUUGUCUCCGAGAAUGUUUUUCAGCCAGGACUGCCCUAUCAUGGAAAGGUCCAAUAUAGCAACGUUCACACGGACAUCAGAAAUCACGUGGUCGAAAUAUGUUACAAUGUAGCCAUCAAAAAGAGUUGGAACUACUUGAAUAAUGAGAAAUGUAGAAAUUUCACAAUAGGUGCUGAAAAUAGCACCUAUUUCAGUAUAUUGCCCCUGAAGAGUACCGUUGUACAUAUGACGAUAACUGCCAGAUCAUUGAACCAUACCUUGAUAGGGGACAGUUUACUGGUAGUAAGAAUUUACUCUUCUUUGAACGAUUAUAUUCUGCUUAGACCAAAUAUUGCCCUGAAUAAACAAUGUGCACCAACCCAACAAAUACUGGUGAUAUACACAACAGAUCGAUUACGUAAUAACGAUAAUGUAACUUUUUAUUCUGUGAUCAAGAGUAAGGGUGAAUUGUAUUCAGUGAACAAAAUAACGAAGAAAAUUCAACCUAAAACACUCAACUAUAAAAGCGAGUUGAAAAACAUCAUUGGAACUCCCCAUAGGUACAACACAGACGGUUCCACUAUCGACAAAUUCGUUCUUAGAUUCAAUUUGGAUAAUAAAAUCGUUGGGAAAUAUCAAAUUCUGUUGUUUUAUAUAGGUAGCAAUGGUGAAACGAUAUCAGCAACCAGAGAAAUCGAUAGAGGACCUUGUUUUCGAAAUAAGGUUCAAGCAUAUUGGUCAGAUACUAGGAUUUAUCCAGGAACUAAAGCAAUGCUGAACAUCAAAACAACAACUCAAUCGUUGUGUGCCAUCUCUGCAGUAGAUACAUCAGUGGAGUUCAUGGGUGCUUCUGACCACUUGAAUGCAUAUUCUCUGAUGAGGCGUUUACAUCAAGAACCACCACCUGCAACCUCUAACCGAAAGUCUUGUGUCUCACCGAGUAAGAAGAAUGUUCAAGUUCCUUCAUUCUAUACUGACCCAACUGCUGAUACUGAAUGGAGUUCCAGAAAGAGACGAAGAAAAAGAUACGUUUAUCCAUUUUCAGAAGAUUUCGAUUCGUAUGAUACGUUCACUAAAUUUGGAGCAGUAGUGAUAACGAAUCUGAAAGUAGUAACCAAGCCAUGCUAUACAGGUCCUAAGGUUUCCCUUUAUAGUCCAGCUCCGUUUCAGACUGACAAUUAUAAUGUGCACGAUGAUGACGCAGUGGUCGCAGUAAGAACUUAUUUUCCUGAAACUUGGCUGUGGGAACUCACUCCUGUAAGGAGUUACAAACAAGUCCCAGCGGAAAUCCCUCACUCCAUAACAAAAUGGAAGACGACUGUUUUAUGUGUCUCACCAACUGAGGGCCUAGGAAUGAGCACACCGACAGAUAUAACUAGUUUUCAACCAUUUUUCAUCAACAUAUUAACACCCUACUCGAUAAAAAGGGGUGAAAUAUUGCAUCUGAGGAUAUUACUCUUCAACUACAUGACCUAUAGCCUACCAAUUAAGGUCACUAUAGGGAAUUCAAAUGGAGUUAAGCUCUUGAGUUCGCAGAGCAGCGCAUCUUACUGUAUUCUACCGACCGAUACUAUAACCCACGUGUUUCCUCUGUCAGGAAAUGAGGUGGGAAAGGCGACUAUUACUGUAGUGUCAGAAGUGGACGCACUUUUUCCUGGUCAUUGCGGACCAGAAACUAUAAUCAAUACAAGGGACGUUGUAGUCAGAAAUUUGAUUAUUGAACCAGAGGGAUAUCCUGUUGAAACCACAAAAUCUGCAUUGCUUUGUAACUCAGAUUUGUACACUUCAUCGAAUAUUUCGUGGAAAAUCAAGGUACCCGACAAUAUCGUACCAAACACUGCCAAGGCAAAGUUAUCUUUGAACGCAGACUUAUUAGGACAAUCUUUAGAGAACUUGGAGGACCUGCUCCAAAUGCCAAACGGAUGUGGUGAGCAGGUGAUGGCCACUAUGGCGCCCAAUCUCUACCUUGUCAAAUAUUUACAGUCGAUCAAGAGCCUCGAAACACCCAUCAGACAAAAAGCGGUGAAGAACAUGAAGAUUGGUUACCACAAAAUAUUGAAUUAUGCCCUCAAGGAUGGUUCUUUCUCGCCAUUUGGCUAUCACGACAAUUUUGGCUCCAUGUUCCUGACAGCAUUUGUUGUAAAAACUCUGAAGUUGGCGAAAGAUUAUAUUUACAUUGAUCAGAGGGUCGUUGAUAGAGCUGUUUCUUGGAUAUACACUCAUCAGUUGGAGAAUGGUUGCUUCGAUACAAUGUUACACGUUUUUCAGGAUAUGGGUGCCACCAGUACAGAGAAUAGUACCUCGGCUUUGUCGUCUUACGUUAUGAUAAGUUUAUUGGAUUCCGGUAUUGAUAUUCCGAAAAACGUUUUCGAGAACGCCAAAUAUUGCAUAAGGGGUUACAGCGAUCCUGACAAGUACACACUAGCCAUCAGUUGCUACGCUCUCUAUAAAAUGAAGUGGUAUGACGAGGCGAACAAAGUAUUGAAGAGGCUGUUGAAUGUCGCCUCGAAGCAGAACAAUAUGAUAUGGUGGUCCAUGAAAGAUAGUGGUACUGCAGCUACAGAAAUAGAGGUAACAAGUUAUGCGCUGUUAACGUUGCUAGAGUAUAAUACCAAUGAGAAUUUGGCAUACGCACAUUCAAUAGUGAGGUGGCUAACAUCAAAGAUCGGCCCACGUGGAGGAUUUCAAUCAACGCAGGAUACAGUAGUGGCUUUGGAUGCCUUAUCGAAAUACUCAAUCGCCAUAUCGUCAAGAAAAAUCAACCUGGAUAUUCAGGUUCAGGCAGAAAGACAGAACCUCAAUUAUCAGAUCCAAGAUGACGAUAGGUUGAAGACGAAGAAGAUAACCCUUAAAGCCACUGAUAAUGAAAUCAACGUAAGAAUAAGAGGAGAAGGUUGUCUUUUAGUACAGUCGGUCCUCAGCUACUACUUGAGGAACGUCCCUAAAAGCGAGUCAUUCAAGAUAGCUCUAGAAGUGUUACCCGUGUCUACUGUAGAUAAAUGUUCCAUAGCAACAUUAUCACCAUGCAUUUCCUACUCCGGUCCUGAUGUACAUUCAAACAUGGCGGUUUUGGAUGUGACUUUGCCUUCCGGCUAUAUAGCAGAUAGGGCUUCUCUGUAUAAAUUGACCGAAUCUGAAGAGGAAUCAAAGGUGAAGAUGUUUGAGGAGAUCAAAGACAGGGUUGUUUUCUAUUUUACGAAAUUGGACAAAGAAGUUAGGUGUUUCACUUUCGGCAUAAACGAAGACACGUUUGUUGAAAGAAGAACAGAUAGUAUGGUUAAGCUAUACGAUUAUUACAAGCCAGAGAUUGAAAAUGUCGAACUAUACACAAUACAGCAUUGUAAUGAAUCCUCUGAAGAACAAUCAACAAUGAUCAGUACAACAACAGAAAUUGAAAAUGAAUCGCAAUCCCCAACAACUCUCUCUAUAUGGGAUUAUGUAGACAAUACGAGCUAUGAUAAUGAAACAACAUCUUCAGAUAUCGAAACUACAACAUACACCAUGAAACUGGAGGAUUAUGUUUGAUACUCAGAAUGCUAUCAACGUUUUUUUGUACAUAUUCAAGUAUUAUAGAUGGUUUAGUUCUAGUGUAAUGUUAUACUACCAAUAGUGAACAAUAUGAAAAUAAAUUACUAUUUCUAGCUAA